UUAAUAGUUAUUUAUUUCGCUACAAACUUUAUAAUUAGUAGUAGUCAUCCAAGAAGAAAUAAAAAUGUACAAGCUGAUUCUUAUUUUGGCACUGGUAGCUGUUUUUGCGUUUACUUCAGCUGAAGUUGUUUGUCCCAAAGAAGAACAAAACAGCGAUACCACGUACUUUCCCCAUGAAACAGACUGUACAAAAUUCUAUGAAUGUACCAAUGGAAGAACUGAACUCUUGGAAUGCCCUCCGAAAACUUAUUGGGACACAACGUUGAAUGUUUGCGAUACAGAUGCAGUCUGUGGCAAUUUAGAAACUUCCACUGCUCAGCAAGUACAUUUUACCCGGAGUGAAAAUUAGACAAAAAUUGAGCCAUGUUUAUACGAUAACACUUAUUAUGAUUCCUUGUUGGUAUAUUUCUUUAUGUUAAAAUACUUAAAUUGAUUUAACUAUAAUAAAUAAUUGCAUAUUGA